GUGUGUCAGCAAACCUAAAUGGAGAGGGGCCGGUGCCGCCCUGCAAGCCUGCAUUGAGCAUCUAAAGAGGCUCUUUAUUACCUUUCACAAGGCGGACACUCUACACUCCUCAGUAUCAGCGGGAACUUGGCAGGCAGGGGAGCGCUUUUGUCUGUAUCAAAAUCUGAAACGCCAACAUGUUUAAGAUACGCAAAACGAAGGAGGAGGAGCCCACCGCCCCGGGGCAGGUGAGGAUUAAAAAGAGAUCCAAGGUUCCCGGGGUGAUGAUCACCCAGUAUGUUGAGGAGAUUCCCGAGAGGAUGUCCACCCCGGACUUCACCCGCAAACCCAUCGCCCUGACCAUCCAAGAAGGGAAAUUGGCUAUAUUCAGAGCGAUCAUUGUUGGAGAGCCGACACCUUCCGUUACAUGGAUCAGGAACGACGGCGAACUAGACGAUCCAGAAAUGUACAAAAUCACUUUUGAUACAAGUUCGGGGGAACACCAGCUGCAGAUACCGGACGUUUCAGGGGAUCACUCAGACACCUACAAAUGCCUUGCCACUAACGAGUAUGGAAGAGCGGUGGUCACUGCUAACCUCAACGUGAUUGAAGUUGGCUACAAGAAGACCAAAGCCCUGCAACAAUCCAGAACAGCCGUCCGGGAGAUGCCAGAAGAUUUCAAAAAGAAUUUGAAAACCAGGGUGGAAGUAGAGCCAAAGGAGGAGAAGAAGGAGAUAGAUGAGAGGUUCUGGGAGCUGCUGAUGAGCGCGGACAAGAAGGACUAUGAGAGCAUCUGCUUCCAGUACGGAGUGACCGACUUCCGUAGGAUGCUGACCAAACUGAGCGAGAAGAAGAUAGAGCGCGAGGAAGAGCAGUCUAAGGUAGUUGAAAGACUCUGCAACCUCAAACCCAUAGAGUUGAGAGACGACGGAGGGGCAGAGUUUGAACUUGAAAUGUCCCUGAAGGACCCAGCCCAUAAGAUCUUCCUGUUCAAGGAUGGAGUCAUGAUCCCCUUUAACGCUGAUGAAACAGAAGUCAAACACGGGUUGAAGCAAGUAGGGAAGAAGUUUGUGUUCAGCAUAAACGGUGUCGAUCCCGAAGACGCUGGAAUGUACCAAGUCGAGGUGAACGGCGUCAAGAUCUUCUCAACAGAUCUCAAAAUGCCCAACGUGGACUUCCUGGUGAAGAUACAGGAGGUCACGGCGCUGGAGAGAGAGGACGCCGUCUUUGAGUGCGUCGUCUCACAGCCCAUGACGAACAUCAAAUGGACGAUGAAGAACGCCCCGGUGGAGCAAGGCGAGAAGUACGACAUCGAGGUGUCCGAGGACAUGCUGAUCCACACGCUGGUGGUGAAAGACUGCAAGCAGCUGGACAAGGGCAUCUACGCUGCGGCGGCCGGAAUGAACUCCUGCUGCGCCUGGCUCAUUGUGGAAGCGGACACCGACGGGACCGGUAAGAAGAAGGCCCGCAGGACCACCCGGGCCGGCGGAGGGGGAGCCGACCUGCAAAAGAUCGCCGCGGAGCAGAACGCCCUCGUCCUGAAGGAGCGAGAGGAGAUGAUCGCCAGGGCGACCGCUGCAGCCGAGGCCGCGGCCGCGUUGGAGGCGGAGGCUGCUGCGCUGAGGGCGGCGGAGGCGGCGGAGAAGGCCGCCAAACAGGCAGAGGCCCUCGCUGCCAAGAAGGCGGCGACAUUGGCCGCCAAGAAGGAAUGGGAUGCGAAGGCGAAGGCGGCCGGGAAGGAGACCAAGAAGAAAUCGGUGAAAAAGGACGGAGCAGCAGAUGGAUCUGAGGAGACGGUGGAAGGAGAAGAGGAAGAAGAAGAGCUGGAGGAGGGAGAAGAGGAAGAGGAAGAGGGAGAAGAGGAGGGUGGAGAAGAGGAGGGUGCCGAAGGGACAGUUGCUAAGGAAACGGUGGAGGGAGAGGAAGGCGAAGAGGCCCCUGUGAAGAAGAAGAAGAGAGUGAAGAAAGUGGUGGUUCCUGACGCUGUCAUCGACCCAGGCGUGUACUUCACCAAAGGUCUCUCCGAUGUGAGCCCUGUGAUUGGCAAGGAGGCUGAACUGGUCUGCAAGCUGAGCGCGGACUGCGAUGGCGUCUGGUACAAAGAAGCGGUGGACACUUUAGAGAUGGAAGAGUUAACAUCCACGGAAGAUGUCUGCAUUAGCAAAGAUGGGGUCUUUCACAAACUCACAAUCAAAAAGUGCAAGGAAGAAGACACUGGAAAGUAUAGAUUUGAAGCCGAUGGACGUAAAACAGAGGCUACAAUAACUGUUGAAGAUCCGCCCAGGUUCAAGAGCGAGGAUCUGGAAGAGUUCGCCAAGCCGUCGGUCAUCAAGGUGGGACAGAACGUGGCCUUCGAGAUCCCCUUCGAGGGCCGAGAGCCCAUGAAGAUCCAGUGGUUUAUCGAGGACGAGGAGGUGCAGGAGGACAGCCAAGUGAAGAUCGAGAAGUCCGCCACACGCUCCCGCCUGGUGCUCAUCAAGUGCCAGCGCAAGAUCUCCGGGGAGGUGAAGAUCAAGCUAAGGAACGAGUUUGGAAUCUUUGAGGCCAUCACCCAGCUUAACGUAUUGGAUAAACCAACACCACCACUAGGGCCUGUGGAGGUCAUUGAAAGCUCAGCCAGUGCCGUUGAGUUUAAAUGGAGGCCUCCCAGGGAUGCCGGUGGCUCUCCCAUCACAGACUACAUCCUGGAGCGGCAGCAGAUCGGACGCAACAGCUGGAAGAAAUUAGGCAAGAUCGGCCCGGAGGCCAAGUACAGAGACUUAGACGUGGACCACGGAAGAAAGUACUGCUACCACAUCAGGGCUGAAACCGAGCAGGGCACCAGUGAGAUGAUCGAGACAGAUGACCUCCAGGCUGGAACCAAAGCCUAUCCUGGCGCUCCUUCUACGCCGAAGGUGGUCAGCGCGUUCAAGGACUGCAUCAACCUGGCCUGGAGCUCACCGUCCAACACGGGAGGAACAAACCUCCUGGGAUACAACAUUGAGAAGCGCAAGAACGGGAGCAACCUGUGGGGUCAAGUGAACCCACCGGAGGAGCCCAUCAAGGAGAGAAAGUACGGAGUGAAAGACGUUGUGGAGGGGUUCGAGUACGAGUUCAGAGUGUCAGCUGUCAACAUCUCUGGGGCCGGGGAGCCGAGCUCGCCGUCCGAGUUUGUCUUCGCAAGAGAUCCAAAGCAGCCACCGGGUCGCGUCAUCGACCUGAAGGUGACAGACUCCACCUACACCACCCUGUCCCUGGCCUGGACCAAGCCCAGGGAGGAGGAAGGGGUUCAGGACGAGGCCAAGGGGUACUUUGUGGAGCUCAGGCCAGCGGAGAACACGGAAUGGAGUCGCUGUAACUCGAGCGCCAUCAUUAUGGGCUCCUACAGCAUCAUGGGUCUGAAGUCCAUGGCCAUGUACUGGGUGAGAGUGCUGGCCACCAACGAGGGGGGGGACGGAGAAGCGCAGGAUCUGGACAACUACAUCAUCGCCAUGCCCCCUCCAGUGAGACCUAAAUUCACUGACCAGAAGAUGAAGAGCUUCAACGUUAUAAGAACCGGGAACGUAGCGAGAAUCAACGUCAAUUUUGAGGCCUCUCCGGUGCCUAAAAUCCUGUGGUUGAAGGACGCGGGACCCUUGACUAAGGGUGUGACAGUGAGCAACACGGACACCUCCUCCCAGCUCCUCCUCCCUUCGGCAGAGCGCACCGACACAGGCGUCUACACCAUCCUGGUCAAGAACAUCGUGGGCCAGGAGACCUUCAGUUUUGAGAUAAGGGUCACAGACGAGCCCAAGCCCCCGGGCCCGGUGGAGCUGGACCAGAACGUCCCCGGCACCGUGACCGUGUCCUGGACUGCCUCCCCGGACGAGAAGAGGGACGACCGGCUGCACUACGUGGUCACCAAGCGGGACUCCGUCAAGCGCACCUGGCAGACGGUGGCGGAGUGCCUGUUCAACAACAAGUUCACCGCCAUCAACAUCAUGGCCGGCACGCAGUACCACUUCCGCGUCUACGCCAAGAACGACAUGGGUCUGUCAAAGCCCUCCGAGUCGAGCACCUGGGAGGUGGGCAAGAGGAGAGAGAAGUUCAAGCUGGAAAUGCCCGAGACUAAGGGCUGCAGCUUCGACGCCGCGCCCUCCUUCACCGUGCCGCUGAAGAUGCACAGCAGCCCCGAGACGUACGAGUGCUACAUGACCUGCGCCGUCACGGGGAACCCCAAGCCCAGCGUCACCUGGUACCGCAACAACAUCAGCCUCAACACCAACACCAGCUACCACGUCACCAACACCUGUGGCGUGUGCUCCAUGGUCAUCCUGCGGGUGGGCUCCAAGGACAACGGGGAGUACACCAUCGCCGCGCAGAACGCGCUGGGCAGAGUGGAGUGCUCCACUAAACUCACCGUGCAAGAUUAAGGAAAAAACCGGAGGAUCUCCCAGGAAAUGCUUCGAUUUAAAUGCAUAGGACAUCAAUAAUGCACAUUCUUCUGAAGCAUGACAUUAUUUCUGUCUGAGGUGAUUCAUGUGUUUUACAAUGGUGCAAUUUUUAUGUAUUAACAGAAGUCAAGAAUUUAAGAUGAAGGUGAAUAUCGAUGGGGAAGUAGGUAAAUUCAAUAUUUCUGUUUAUGCAAUACUUAUACUGAAAUGUUUCUGCGUAAGGCCAGCAUAACGGACAGAAGCCAAGAUAAAACCCAACAUACAUAAUUUUCCACAAUUUAGUGGAAAAUAUGCGUACCCGUACACUUAUUUGAACACUUUGAGUAUGAUUCUAAAAGAGCGCAAUCUGAGGAUUAAAGUAUGCCUUUUGCCUUUUUUAUUUUGCUUUCAGGCCUAAUUCUUGAGUUUUGCCAGAUCUAAUAUGUUGCUGAUUUAAUAAAAGCAUAUAGUUUGCGUUUGGAAUUGCUGCUCGUUUACUAUUUGAUACAAUUUUGUCAUGACUUCUGCUUUAUGUGUUUUGAAUGGUUAGUACAUGCAAAUGUACUUAAAAAAAGAACCUUGCUGAACAAAUCAGACAAACAGCGCCGCCUUUAGCCAAAUACAUGCCACUGUAUCGAACAAGUUACAAAAUAUGAAAAAUGACUGACAAAUGAACGUGUUUUAUUGGAUAUUUAAUUUGAUUAAUUAGUAUUUUUGGAUUGGUUGACUUAUAAACAUAUGUUCAGUCCAACUGUUGAAGCCAAUCAUAGUCUAAUAAAGUACAGCAUGCUGACCCAUAAUGCAUACCCAUUGUUUUAGUCGCAUUAGUAUCACUUCGGUUCAAUAUGCAAUGGUUAUUUAUUACUUCAUCUAUGCAUCUGUGUGUAUACCACCUUAUAUUCUUUAAAUAUAAUGUUUGGGCAUUGCAUUGUCUUCGCACUAUAGAUAUGCCUCACUACUACCGAGAUGCUUCUCUCCUUACUGUACUGUAAAAAACUGUCUUCGUCACUGCCUACUGCUGCACGGCUUCAAGUUUCUCUUUUACUGCACGCGUGCCAUUGUGUUCAGGUUUUUGAGUUAAUAAUAAAGGUCCGAAACGAUGAAAAAAGGAAAACCUGAAAUGCAUUGCUGAGUGAACUGUAAACAUGUGAACAUGUGCCAUCAGCAUUCGGCCAUCUUCAGCGUGUAAAGACUCUAACACAUGCUAGUGUGACUAGGGUGCUUGUCGCCGGGUCCAUCUUAACGCGCAUUUAUUUAUAAGUUAACAGGCGACACGGAUACGCAACACGUGUGAAACCGCUCGCACGCUUUCUGACACACGCAGCUGCUUUUAAAAGACGGAACCAAUCCUCCGGGGAGACAUGUUUUCCCGGAGUUUGUCCAAAGUGUUUCUCGGCCCCCCACCCUUAGAAAACGGGUCUUCCUCUUCGCGCAUGUACAGGUUAAAGAGCAAUGUCUACCAUGAUUGACACCCCAGCUCUGACCCUGCUGAGCUCUGCAAUAAAGGCCUCUGAGAACC